CCGGCCAGCGCUCAUUCACUAUGAUGCGCGCCUAGUUGAGGGAAGCUCUCCGCACCCGGUUCCCCCUGCACGCCUAAAACUUUCUAAUGAAAUCCCCCAAAACUUUUUGACAAAUAAUAUUUUUUUCCUCUGGGGGCCAAUAGGGUUUUCGACUUAUUAAUCCGUGUUUUUUAAUUGAAAAGAGAACUUCAGAAUAUGGAGCCCAGUUCCACCGAGGGAGGAGCUGAGGAGAAGCUUGUUAGAAGUCUUCCUCACAAAGUGAUACUCAAGCAUGGCCAAGAGCUGGAGGAAGAGCAGGAGGAGCUGGCCGAGCAUCAGCCUCUAGAGCAGGAAGACCUCAACUUUGAGAGAUGGAAGCGCAGGCCGAUUCCCCAGAGGACGCUCCACCAGAAAAUAGACGACCUGAAGACAUACCUGUGGAAUGCAGAGACCAACGAAUUCAUGGGUCGCUCUGGGAAGAGCUGGAGUGAGUUGACGAAGAAAGAAAAAAUCUCUGCUGUUGGGUUAUGGGGAUGGGACAUUUUGUAUCAUAUAUUUUUUUUAGUGCAUAUGACCAUAACGACACUUUUAAUGUUGAGUGCAACACAGUUAAUCAUCCUAAAUAACAUGCAAAUUCACAAUCAUCUUUUGUCAGGCUUCCUUAAUCAGAGGCCUGCGCCUGGCAGGGCACUGCAAAGGUUUAUUUAUGCCCUCCUCUCGCUCUCAUUCUCCCUCCCCGUUUCUCUCUGCUCUGUACUUUCAGCGUAUAACGAUGCUGCUCAGCAGAGGAAGAAUAUUCCCUGCGAUAAGGAGACAUACUUCAUGCAGGACGACUUGGACGAGGCUGCAGAGCGGAAAGCGUGUCAGUUUAAGCGGUCCUGGUUGGGGCAGUGUUCAGGGCUGCAGGACCCCAACUUUGGCUAUUCUCAGGGAAGGCCAUGCAUCCUCCUUCGAAUGAACCGGGUAAAAAAAGAUGGAUUUGGCGUGCAGCAAGGCGCUAACGUCCAAGUACAAUGCAAACUGAACGGAAAGGGCAUCAUUAACGAUUCUCCCACCGACCGCUACCUGGGCAGCGUGACCUUCUCCUUGGAGGUCGGAGCGUAAGGCCAAGGUGUCGCAGGACGCUCACAAGACGAGGCAGGAAAACAUUCACGAGACAAGAUUUAUACUGAACCGUUAUUUUCCACGAGAUAUGUAAUUUGCCCCUGUCCUCGUCUUUCACUUAAAUAUCUUCUGCUGUGAAACAAAAUCCUCAAGAAGUAGGUAUUUACUCGUGUUUUUUGUUGUUUCUUUGUACCACGAGCGUGCUGCUGGCACCUGCACCCACAACAAACAGCGCUGAGCACAGGAACGAGUGCCUAGAGCGAGUUAUUCCUGUUCGAUUCCUGAUAUUUUGUAAUGAUUAGUGAGAUUAAUCACACUAAAUCACACUCUGCCCAUUAGUUAGAGUUUCUGGCUAUGCAAAUCCAAUUAUGAAUUAAACAUUAAUAGGGAACUAGAGUGUUUUCAGGUUAGAUUGUAUGUUUUUGUGCACAUUUUUGUGCGACCGAGUGUACUAAUUUGUUUUGCAUUAUAUUUUUCAAACAUGUAUAUUGUAAGAAUUCAAAGAACUAUCAUGCAAACACUGAAAGCAGGACUUGUACUGUACUUACACAGUAAAAAAAAAGACAUAAUAAAUGCAAAUACAUGAUUACUAUAUUUUUGUUGAAUAGAGCAGUAUUAUACAUUUAUGAUAAAGUAUCACUUCUUCUUUUGUAAAAAACAUUCGCUUUGGAAAAUGAAAUACUAUACAUGACUGAUCAAUAAAGAGACGCACUGUGCUGUGAAAUAGUUUGUCAAAGGUCUGCACCGUUUUAAUUAUGCUAUAACUAUUUUGUGAUAGUAUUAAUCAUGCCUGAACUGUGCUACUAAACUUGGUAUCAGUGUUGUAUUUAUUCCUAUUAUAGCUCUUACAAUAAAUACAGUGUUCUGGUA